GAGUUACACUGAAAUACAACUAUUGAAAAUGUGACCGCUUUACAUUUCAGAUUCAAAUCCUGGUAGCACUAAUCUACUUCCAGAGAGGAAGCCCAAACAUCCAGAGACAACACAUGCGAGCCUACGUCAUAUGCGAAACAAUUUCUCCAUGCAGCUCAGUGAAGGGGAUUCUGACGCAGAAACGGCGGACCAAUCACAACGAGGGACGUUUAAAGACCUCGAGGAGCCGCGCUGUCGUCUCACUUCCUGGUAGAAGAUGGCGGAUGAGAAUGAGACAGCAACGCAGCCGGAGAAACAAGACGUAGAGGACCACGGACACUGCAGCGACUGCGAAAACGAGGAGCACCACUUCGACGAUGGUGACAGGGGCGAUGAGAGCGGCGCCAAGAAGAAGAGGAGGAAGCAGAAGAAGAAGAAAAAGAGCAGCGCUGUCACAGAAACCUCUCAAGACCCCCUCGCCAAGGUGAAUUCGUUGCCCGCCGACAAGCUGCAGGAGAUCCAGAAGGCAAUCGAGCUCUUCUCAGUGGGCCAAGGUCCAGCCAAGACCAUGGAGGAGGCCAGCCGGAGGAGCUACCAGUUCUGGGACACGCAACCCGUGCCCAAGCUGGGCGAGACUGUGACAUCGCACGGCUCCAUCGAGCCUGACAAGGACCACAUUCGCGAGGAGCCCUACAGCCUCCCGCAAGGCUUCUCUUGGGACACCCUGGACCUGGGCAACCCUGCUGUGCUCAAGGAGCUCUACACUCUCCUCAAUGAGAAUUAUGUGGAAGAUGAUGACAAUAUGUUUCGAUUUGACUACUCCCCUGAUUUCUUGCUCUGGGCUCUGCGGCCCCCGGGCUGGCUGCCGCAGUGGCACUGCGGGGUGCGGGUCAACUCCAACCAGAAACUGGUGGGCUUCAUCAGCGCCAUCCCCGCGACUAUCCGCAUCUACGACAUUGAAAAAAAAAUGGUGGAGAUCAACUUCCUGUGCGUCCACAAGAAGCUCCGAGCCAAGCGAGUGGCCCCGGUCCUGAUCCGAGAGAUCACCAGACGCGUCAACCUGCAGGGCAUCUUUCAGGCGGUGUACACGGCCGGCGUAGUCCUGCCCAAACCCGUGGGCACCUGCAGGUACUGGCAUCGCUCGCUGAACUCUCGCAAACUGAUCGAAGUGAAGUUCUCCCACUUGAGCAGGAACAUGACGAUGCAGCGCACCAUGAAGCUUUUCCGCCUGCCCGAGGCCCCCAAGACGUCGGGUCUGCGGCCGAUGACCAAGAAGGACGUGCCGGCCGUGUGCCGCCUCCUGCGCGAGUACCUGAGCCAGUUCAACCUGGUGCCCGUCAUGAACCAGGAGGAGGUGUCCCAUUGGCUGCUGCCCCGCGACAACAUCGUCGACACGUACCUGGUGGAGAACGAGGGCAAAGUGACGGACUUCCUGAGUUUCUACACGCUGCCGUCCACCAUCAUGAACCACCCGGUGCACCGCACCCUCAAGGCCGCGUACUCCUUCUACAACGUUCACACAACCACCCCGCUGCUGGACCUCAUGUCCGACGCCCUCAUUCUUGCCAAAUCGAAAGGUUUUGACGUCUUCAACGCACUGGACCUCAUGGAAAACAAGACUUUCCUGGAGAAGCUCAAGUUCGGCAUCGGCGAUGGCAAUCUACAGUAUUACCUUUACAAUUGGAAGUGUCCCAGUAUGGGCUCAGAAAAGGUUGGCCUGGUCCUGCAGUGACGCCGCCCCCCCCCCCCCCCAUCUCCUCCCCAACGCCCAACCUGACGGCGUUAAGUGUUACAAGACCACCGUGACCGCACCAUCGCACCCGCCACCUGACUGAUGGGCUUGAAGACUCUUUCAAAGAAGGAGGCCCAUUUUUACUUUUUUUUUUUUUUUUUUUUUUUUCCCCUCCUCCCCCCCAACAGUCAUUUUAGAACUUUUGGAGCUGCACUAUUGCUGCCAGCCAAUGGGGAGCCUCCCCUCCCCCCCUCCCAUACACCAACCUUAAAGUUAUUGCAGUUCUAUAAGAAGGGUGAUUCUACCAAGACACACACAACCAAGCAGUUUGCGGGGGUCAACCUCAUCAUCACAUCAACCAUAAAAAGACAACAAAAACAUGUAAAUAAUCAACAGCACGACUGCUAAUUUGUGGCCUAACAUGCGCACCACUACUGUUUUACGUUUGGAGUGAUAUUUUUUUUUCUUCUUUUUUUUGGGCAAGUACAAUUUGACAUUAAUUAUAGAGGUAAUUUUUUAAAAAAAGUUUUUUUUUUUUUUUUAAAUAAUGGAGAGGUAAUUCAUGUUGUGGUGAUAACCUAACAUAAGAUAAUAGCAAGGGCUUUGCUCAUUCCCGCUUGAUCGUCUCUAAUUUCCUUAUCCUGGUGUCAUCCGAGGGGUGGGGGGAAAAAAAAAAAAGAAUCACAGCGGGCGAGGUACAAAAGGGGUGGUCCUCCCCCCCGCCAACCGGAUUUGCCACGCUGUGAUUGUGUGCACCAGACUUUGAUGCCUUUAUCAAUAAUCCUGCUGUUAAAGCUCACUAAUACAACGUCUUAUUGCUGAAGCGUUUGUUACACCCCUCCCUACGAGGUCAUAAAACAUCCCCCCCCCAUGAGGUCAUAAAAUCAUGACGGACAAUGUGGCGUUUCCAAAGUAAAUAGAAGCUUGCAAGUGUGGAAAAAAAAAAAAAGCAAUGUCCUUCAUUUCAAAAUGCAGUGUGUGAAAGAGUGAUAACUGGGUGGGGUAAAAAGGGGUGUUAAAAAAAUAAAAUUCAGUUAAAAAUUGAGGUUUUUGCAAUCAUGUUGACAAAAUGGAUGACAGCGUGUGAAGCUGUGAGUGACCGCUUUGGAGCAAGAAAUAAAAUCUGCGAAAAAUGUA